AGCACUCAUGUCGCCAUUUUUUCCGGUGUGUAGAAAGGAAAUUUGCUGCCAGAAAACUAAAAAAUUAAAGAAUUGGAAAAGGGUUCGUGGGGAUCCCCAAAUCUAUUGCUGUUCGAUCCAGGGCCGUUUGUUGGAAAGAAUUCUCCUCAGUAAUAAUAAAAUAUCAAUCGAAGCUGCCAGUCACAGAUUCUUCCUCAGUAGAAGCCCAGCAGUGGAAUGGAGCCAUCGACGACGAUUAUGGAUCUACGAUGGAGGAGCCUCCUGUUUGACUUUCGACGCGGCAUCGGGAACUGCCCCAUUAAUUCAAUUCAACAGUUUCUCAGAGUGGCUUUUUCCCUUCCCUCCAAUAUUCAAUCUCCAUGGCCGCUGCCUGUUUCCUCUUCUUCCUCCUCGAAUCCCGCUCACCCUCUUCUCCCUUUGCGUGCCAUUCAAAAAGAUCCAUCCCUCGCAUUCAACGCCAACUACUCGUCUCCCCGUGAUCUCCAUCGUGUCCCGCCACUGUCGGCUGCUUUAUUCUUCUCCGUUUCCCUUCCAAUUCACGGCACAAUCGUUAACCUUACUAUUCUGAGAUCGAUUACAACCGGAUGACUGAGGGUUUUAAGUUCCCUCUCUUCUGCCCACAUCUCAAUUUGUAGUUUCCAGGAGGUGGUGUAGUAAUUGGCAUGUCUGAUUUCAAGUUACAAGUGGUGGUUCCCAAGGAUCACGAUGAAGAAUCAGGACUCAUUACCAGCAGCUCCGUCGGCGCCGGAGAACUGACUCCGGCCAAGGAUGCUACGGGUGUGGGUUUCUCCACGAACCCAGAGCGUAGAGCGGUUGGUGACAGGCUCUUCAGAGGGAGCCACAACAGUGCUCCAGUUGACGGGGAUGAAACACGGGACCAUAGACCGGGGAGAAGAUCGGGUCCUCUUGUAUCUGGAGCUGCAUACUGCGUUUCUUCUUGCAGCAUGAUAUUGCUGAAUAAGGUUGUUCUAUCAACCUACAAUUUCAAUGCAGGGACUUCUUUGAUGCUCUAUCAGAAUUUCAUAUGUUGUCUGGUUGUUGCUAUCCUGGGUCUGUCUGGAGCUGUUUCGGUUGAAAAACUCAACUGGAAGCUAGUGAAGCUCUGGAUUCCAGUCAACAUAAUCUUUGUGGGCAUGCUUGUUUCUGGCAUGUACAGCCUUAAAUACAUAAAUGUUGCAAUGGUCACAAUUUUGAAGAAUAUGACAAACAUCUUAACGGCACUUGGAGAACUAUACAUUUUCCGGAAACAUCAGAAUCAGAAAGUGUGGACGGCCAUGUUCUUGAUGAUCAUCUCAGCUGUUAGUGGUGGCAUUACAGAUCUCUCCUUCGAUGCAACUGGUUACGCAUGGCAAACUGCAAAUUGCAUCUUAACUGCAAGCUACUCGCUCACUCUGCGACGGGUGAUGGACAAAGCAAAGCAGACCACGAAAACUGGCACUCUAAAUGAGAUCUCAAUGGUGUUACUCAACAAUCUCUUGUCUCUACCCUUCGGCAUCUUGUUGAUUUUGUUGGCUGGCGAAUGGAGAUAUGUAAUCACCACGGAUGUGAUUGAGUUACCAGGUUUCUGGAUCGUGGCAACAGCCAGUGGAUUGCUAGGUCUUGCAAUUAGCUUCACCUCAAUGUGGUUCUUACAUCAAACAGGCCCUACCACAUACAGCCUAGUUGGUUCCCUGAACAAGAUUCCUAUAUCUGUUGUGGGUCUGGUGAUGUUCAAGGUCCCUAUCAGUAUGCCAAAUCUAUUCAGCAUUCUAUUCGGAUUGUUUGCCGGGACAUUCUUCGCGAGGGCCAAAAUGUCCUGAACACCAAUAUCAGGCUACAAAAGAGGAGGAGAACAGGAGGAACAAAGAAGCACUGAAGGAUUACCAUUCUGAUAUGUACUGGUACGGCAAGUAAACACAUCUGGUGUGUUCCUUUUCGCAAUGAUCGACGGGCUUUUGUGAGUUGAAAAGUGUAACACGCGGUUAGGAACCUGCGCUGGUCUUGAAGUUGAAGCAAGCAGCCAAUGAUUCCAUAUUGUUAUGAUGGAGUGAACCGAUGCUUCUUACGUUUAAUUUACAUGAGACACGGCAUUUGUUUUUGGUCUCUGCCGUAAGUUUUGCUGUUCUUCAGGAGCAAUUGAGUGACUGACUAAAGUGAAUAUGAGAUCUGAUCAUCGGCUUAGGGGCCUAAUUUUGGCAUGUAACUACGGAUUUCGACUCUUGGAUUCAUUUUUGAAAACGAAGUAGUAGCAAGGCUGAAGUAAUUGAGUCGGACAAGUAACGAGUU